GUUUCCUUUCACUCCCACACCUAAGAGAAGGUGUGUGCCAACCACAGUCUCAGCAGAGGAGCUCGGAACCAGCUUGGGGUGUGGGCUGCACUGAAACAGUGUGGGUGGAAGUGGCCACAGUCCUCAAGCUGCAGACUCUGCUGAGAUGGGGCCCAGCUGGCUUCUCUGGACAGCGGCGGUCGCAGUGCUGCUUCUGACUCAGGAGGCUUCACUGGAAGCCUCUCGGUUCUGUGGCCGCCUUGAGUACUGGAACUCUGACAAAAGGUGCUGCAGCCGAUGCCUGCAACGCUUUGGGCCUCCUGCGUGUCCUGAUUAUGAGUUUACGGAAAACUGCGGGCUCAAUGACUUUGGCGAUACUGUAGCACAUCCUUUCAAAAAGUGUUCACCUGGGUACUGCAACCCCAAUGGCACAGAGCUGUGUAGCCAGUGUAACAGUGGAGCUGCAGCCCCCACUCACAUGGAGAGCCCUGGUAGAACCCACAAGCAGUGUACAAAGAAGCCCAUCCCACCCAAGGAGGUCUGUCCUCUUAAACCUGAAGAAGCAGGCGUCUCUAACUCAUCUGGGAGGUGGAGCCUGGGGCAGACAACCAGGAAUGAGGUCUCCAGCAGACCAGGUUUUGUCCUACCCUCAGUGCUGCCCCUGGCAGUGUUGCCACUGUUCCUGGUGCUGCUUCUGAUACUGGCAGUGGUCUUGCUCUCUUUAUUCAAGAGAAAAGUCCAUUCCCAUCCUUGUUCCAGCUUGGCUUCUGAAGACCCCAGCACCUCUGUACAUUACUGGCCCUGCCCAGAUACCCUGGAAGUAUUGGGAAGUAGAAACAGAGGGAAGACAUCUCUGCUGCAGCUCUCAAGCUGGGAGCUUCAGGGUCUGGCCUCGCAGCCCCUCUCUCUCCUGCUCGAUGAGCUGGAAGUUCUGGAGGAGCUCAUUAUGCUACUGGACCCUGAGCCUGGACCUAGCGGGAGCAUGGCUUAUGGUACCACCCGACACCUGGCUGCAAAAUACGGGCUGCCCGCCGCCUGGUCUACCUUUGCCUAUUCACUGCGGCCCAAUCGCUCACCCCUGAGGGCCCUGAUUGAGAUGGUGGUGGCAAGGGAGCCAUCUGCUACUCUGGGCCAACUUGGCAUAUACCUGGCCCAGCUAGGCCGCACAGAUGCACUGCAGGUGUUGUCCAAACUUGGCUGAGUCAGGGUUUGCUGGGGCUUACUACUCCAUCAAUAAAGUUUCCCUUGAAGCCAGUAUCUGUUUGCCCUCAUUA